AAUACUGAUUUUCCAAUCGGCUCAGCCAUGUCCAGACCAGGAGGAGCUCUCCCCAGAAUUCCCCGCCUAUGCCGAUGCCGAAGCGGCCCAUCUCGCCACCGCGUCCAGCGGCUCGCCUGCGAUCCCUCGCGCCGGGCGGUCUGGGUCUGGCUGCCGCGGCGUACGUUGGCACGGACUACCUCCGGCACCUCUCUCCCUCGUUGCACGGGCGGCUGCAGCCGGCACUCUGGCCGGCUCUGGCGCUGGCCACCGCCGCCCGCGCGCCCUUCUACCGCCGCUGGGAAGCCGAGCUCCGCACCGCCCCGCGGUUCCUCGCCGCCUUGACAUUCAUGCUCGCCGCGCUCCUCUGCGAGGCCAUCUCCGUCCGAUUCGUCUCCUCCGUGCUCGGCCGCCAAUGGCACAGUUCCAUUGUUUGGAUAUUGGGAUGCCACCUCCCUGUCUUGGGAAACAUCAACACCCUUGGUACACUCUUUAACAAUAUUAGUUUCCAUUGCAUUUAUUUGAGUGCAAAAUACUUUCAUUUUGCACCUUUCGAGGCAUACACGAACUCUGUAAUCUUGAAAGAGCUAAACUUAGAUAGCUCCGAUGCUAUUCACAGAUCUACUGCUCCUCUUCCGGACACUGGUCAGUGGCUGCUUCUAGCACUGAAUGAGAGGCUUCCUCAAACUGUGGUUGAUCUACUGAGAGCUCAGAUCAUCACACUUCAUCACUAUUUGAUGUUAUUUAUCAUGUUGGGGUUCUCAGCACUUUUUGACUGCAUCAAAGGUCCUGGACUUGGAAUAGCCACAAGGUAUAUGUUCACUAUGGCAGUAGGGCGUUUUCUCCGGACCAUAACAUUCCUUGCUACGAUUCUUCCAUCCCCGAGGCCUUGGUGUGCUGAAGCUCGGUAUCAAAUACCUUACCAUUAUCAUCCUUGGGCACAGAAAUAUUAUGCUCCAUAUGCCUCUGAUCCAGCUGCAAUCCGUCGGGUCAUGCAGGAGGAUAUGCCAUAUGCAAUUGUUCAAGAUUAUGCUGUUGAGUAUAGACCUGAGUGGGGACAUAUGAACUUCCUAAUAGACAUUUUGAGGCCAACUGCUGGAGAAGGCCCUUCAUGGUAUCAUUUGCUGAAGAAAGCCAGUGGUGGUUGUAGUGAUCUUAUAUAUAGUGGGCAUAUGCUUGUUGCUGUCCUGACUGCUAUGGCAUGGACGGAAGCCUAUGGGGGCUGGAUAUCUGUUGUCAUAUGGUUUCUAGUCCUGCACAGUGCCCAGAGGGAGAUACGGGGGCGUCAUCAUUACACUGUUGACUGCAUUGUAGCAAUCUACGUUGGAAUCCUUUUGUGGAGGAUGACUGGAUUCAUCUGGUCUGCAAGGGAUUCAAAUCGAGCCAGAAGGCUCACCAAGCUGGAUGAGGUUCACAACAGAUUAUUCCGCGCUGCAAAGGAUUCAGACAUGAACGAAGUAAGGCGCCUGUUAAGCGAAGUUGAGCUGGUUGGAGAAGCAAGGAAGGGUUUUUCACAGGGCGUCAUUUUGUCCUUCGCUGCGUUUAUGAUUAUAUUCACCCUCCUGUUUGUUCUCCUUGCAUUCAAGCUAACCCGUGAUGGUUGAUUUCUUCACAUCCUGCCAUUUUCCAUUCUUUUUGGCAGGAUUGGAUAAUUUAGUCUGCUCUUGACGUUUAUAUUGGGGUUAAAUUAACUACUCCCCCCGAUUCAUAACAAGUUUCGUUGAUUUAGCACAAUACUAAAUGGAGGAGUUUAGUUUUUGGCAGGAUUGGAGGCAGUAGUUUUUUAGUAGGGAACAGAAGUUGAAAGAUUACCUUCAGUUGUAUUUUUUUGGCAUGUAUGUGUGACAAGACCUGACAUAAUGAAAAGUACGAAUAUAUAAGUUUCUUGCCUGACCGGGCCAGCCUGGAA